ACGAACCAGGUGUAGUAAGGUUUAUAUCGCUUGUCGUAUAUAUACUUUUGAUAACAAUUGUCUGAAAUAUAAUAUAUUAUUGACAUUUUGAUAACAGUUGCACCUGUGUUCAUAACUAAUAUUACUUAUUGUUAGUGCAAUAUCGUGUUCAGUAUUUUAGCACAUAUUUUAUAAUAACGACUGUGGUGAAAUUAAAAAAAAAAACAAAAACAAACUAAUUCAGAUGAUCAAAGUGUAAAGUGUGACAAAGUUUUCUACUUUCUAGCAUUAUCAAUUUUGUGGUAUUCCACGAAAAUGAGUUGAACAAACUUAUAAACUAGUUACUGUAUCAUCUUGAAGUUAUAAAUCCUUUCAAAAUGACAACAGAUAGGUUCCAUAAAGCAGCUAAAGAUGGUCUCCUGGAAGUGCUUAGGGAAGCGACGAGGAAGGAGUGCAACAACAAGGAUGAAUCAGGCAUGACUCCGACCUUGUGGGCUGCCUUUGAAGGUCACAUAGAGGCACUACGACUACUCUGUGGCAGAGGGGGUGAACCUGAUAAAUAUGAUUACUUCGGCAACACAGCCCUCCACCUAGCAGCUGCACGCGGUCAUAAGGAAUGCGUGACGUUUUUGGUAAACUUCGGUGCUAACCUGUACGCCAUGGACGUAGACGGUCACACGGCCCAGGAGCUGGCCGCCAUCAACGGAAGAGAUGAUAUACUGCGUUUCCUCGACCAAACUAUCGGCAAACUGGAAAAUAACGACAAAAAAAAGGCGAAGUCCCUCAAAGAAAAGGCGAAGAAGGAUCACGAGAAACUUCAAAAGCAGUACACUAAGAGGCAGAGUAAGGCGGAGGUGAUGGCGGACAAAGAAUUAAAGAAACUAGCCAAGGAAUGGGACCACGGAUACAACGAAGAAAUAACGACCAUGCCGCAUAGACCAAGCAACGUGUUGCUGGCUCUGAAACAGAAAAUGACACGCUCCUCGAGUCAAGGUAAUCUUCUGGACGAUCCUCGUCCGACGUACAGCGCGCUAGUGGGCACGGUGUCGUCAGGGGCUCGAGGCCGAGGCGCCGUCUACAAGAAAGCUCUCGCCAGCAAACUCAAGAACGGCACCCUUGGGAAAACCAGCGCUAGAGACGACUUCAAGGUAGGCGAGGUAGAGACGACAGGUCGUCGCUCGGUGACGUCAUUGAGCGGAGUGCGUCGCGACUCAGAGGUCAUGUACGUCGGCACCUUCGGAGCCGGUCCUCAACAAAGGGCGCCCGUCGCUGAUGUCUUCACUGAUAAACCAUUACUCACCAGAUCAGCGAGUCAACCCGACUUCUUGGCGGCGCAACAGGGGGAAGACAGCGGCAUCGGACAGGAAGUGCUGCUGCAGGAACCGGCCAGUAUAUUUGACAGACCCGGGUUUGGUAGUGUUGCGUUUAGACGUUCCAUAACAGCCACACUGAGCGCGAUGCCGGCCAGCGAGGAGUUGUCCAUAGGAUCCGCGGGCUCCCUUGCCAGACACGCUUACCAACCAGCUGAGUGGGCCUCUACACAGUCAGGGAGUUCCACUAUAACAUCCGACGAGGAACCCGAGGCGGAUGACACGGGAUACUCGUCACUCGAACGCUUCUUGACGGCGUGGGGUCUGUCGCAGUACAUCCAGAAGUUCAAGGACGAGCAGAUCGACCUUGACGCGCUGAUGCUACUCACCGAGAGCGACAUGAAGAGCCUCGGGCUGCCGCUGGGACCGUACCGAAAGUUGGUCACAGCUGUUCAGGAGAGGAAGCAGGCUCUGUCCCAACCGGGCCCCAUGAUAGAUACCGCUAUAUAAAUCUUUUAUAAUCUGUGUGCUAUAAUCAUGCUAAACAUUUUAAAGAACUUCAAAGAUGGCGUUUAAAUGUAUGCCCAUUUUAUUAAAAUUUAACAAGUGGCAUAUAUUUUUAAUUACAUUAUAUAAUAGUUCUAUAGAUUCAUCGUUUGUCAAUUUUUUUUUUGUAUUUGUGACAUUUCAAGUUCUUCUGUCGUGUGUUCCGUAUGUAUUAUCUAUAUUGUAGUUUUGUUUAUAUUAUGUCAAUAUUUUAAGUCAUAUUCUUAUAAAGCCUCCUGUGAUGUGAUACUGCAACUUAACAUUCCAUCCCUUAGCCAUAUUAAGAAUAUAUUUUUUUUUUAUAUAAACCAAAUAAAUAUAUUUUUGUCAUAAAUUUUAUGUUUAUUUAUUCGUUACAUUCAGAAAUAAAAAUACGGUUAAAAAUUUUUGUAAUUUUUAUAUUUGAAAUUUUAAAUACAAAUUCAAGUACGAAAUAUUCUUAAAAAAAAAAAUCAUCAAUAAAAUAAUGUUACCAGGACACACCUAAUAGAUUAAUUUACAGUAUCGCUUAACUAAUUUGAAUAUUUAAAGAGUGACUAAUAUAAUUAUAUAUAUAAUAAUAAUACAAAAAAAAAUUAAAUUACGUGUAACAUCCGGACGGAUCGAAGAGAAUUUCAGUCAUAGUUCGUUGUACGCGAAAUUUAAAAAACCUAUACAUUAAAAUGGUUCCGUAUAUAGAAUGAGCAUAGGUAUACCUCUGAAGUAUAAGAUACUAAACUAAAGGUUUGUUUGCAUACUUAUGGCGGAGUCGGCUGUCGACUUACUCCCUACGUUACAUCUAACCUUACAUAUAUUAUGCUAAAUUCGUUAUAUAUUUUGUUCGAAAAUAAUUGAAGCGUUGUCUUUGUUGUGUCGGAGUUUCGUAAAGCCGUGCUCAGAGACGAAGCGGCGAUGUUAUCAAAGUUACUAUUACCGUUCAGUGAUACGACACAGCGGCGUGUUGGCAGAUAUUUAUAUGUGAUAGAUUGUAUUUUAAUGUUU